AUGGCACAAAACAAGGCCGUACCUCAAAAUUCUGUCGAAACUUACACAAUCUACCCCACUACUAAUAAAUACAAUCGUCCACCUCCACCAUCAACAAUAGCACUUCAUGGUAUGGAUCUUAUCGGUGCUCCUAUAGAUAUCCGUAAUCACCGGUUCUUCCACCCUCCACCAUCUCAUCUGAUGAGCACUACUACGGACUUAAUCGAUAAACUGAAAUCGUCUCUUGCCGAAGCACUCGAGUUGUAUCCACCAGUUGCAGGAACUGUGGAAGUCAAUGAAAAGGGUGAGUUUUACAUCGCUAUGAAUGCCGAAAAUAGAUUGGGUACACCGUUCCUGGUCGAAAUAAAAGACACACCGUAUGUUGGCGAUUCGGAAGCUCUAUCUCCUCGACUUGAUAUGUUGCUACCUCCAUCAUCAAGUACAUUAGCAGUCAAAGUAACUCAGUUUUCCUGUGGAACGAUCGCCGUAGCCGCUUCUAUUAAUCACCUAGUCACUGAUCUACGUGGUUUUCUCGAUUUUCUUGAAGUCUGGGCUCAACUUGCUCGAGGCGAAACCAUAGACUUUACGAAAAUUCCCGAUGAUUGGUCUCAUACUCCUGGUCGAUUUUUUUCUGAUCUAAUCCAGAAAUCAACAGUACCAACGGCUCCUCCAGGAUUUAUGGUUCUUCCUACUCCGCCAACUGGACCACCUUCAUAUCUAUUGGAACCAUCAGAAGUUACAAGAUGGAAAUUUACUAAGAGUGUUGUAGAACGAUUAAAAAAUGAUUUCUCACCUUCUCACGAGUCUGAUCUAUGGAUUUCAUCGGGUGAUGCACUUGCUGCUCUUCUUGGUGGUGUCAUUACACGUGCUCGCGAAAAUGCAAAUGUGGCAAGACUAGAAGGAAGAUCUAGUUUGGAGUCACAAAUUGAGACACUUAUGAUGGCUGCUGAUGGUCGAGAUAGAGCUCCUCAAGGAAACAUGUCUGAUGGACGAUACUUUGGAAACUUCAACCCCCUUUUUCAAACCGUCGUUUCACGCUCUGAUUUAUUAUCUCUCACUUGUGAGUCAGCUUCUCGUGUCGCUCUGGCAGUUAGAAACGCUGUGAACCUUCAACUAUCACCAGAAGCUAUUGCUAACAAGAUUUCGUUUAUGGAAGCUCCCGAAAACACUAAUCCUCCUGGCCCCAGUCGUAUUUCUUGGACAGCAGAUGUAAUCAUGACCAAUUGGUGUCGAUUUGAUUUACAAAGCCCAAGAUUAGGUUUUGGUUGGGGAAAACCUUUUUAUGCAACACAUGGUGGUGGUACUAUUUACCCACCUGGAUAUAUGCUGUUGACGCAGGAGAAGAGUUCUGGAGAUAUUUUUGUUAUAAUGGCAGUGGAACGGGCAGGUGCGAAUAGGGUGAAAGCUGACUCAUUGUUAAACAAGUAUGCAGAACUGGUCACACUUCCUUAA